UCUGAGAUAAAAUCUCAUCCCCCCUCCCCCUUCCCCCCUCUCAUCUCUCUCUCCCAUUUUUCUCCAUUUGAAAAUUCCACACAUCAAUUCUCUCUCCUCUCUCUGCUCUGCUCUAGCCGAGCAAGGGAGGCAUCAAUGAGGACGCUUUUUACGACUUGUUAAAUCUUUCACUUCAAUUCCUUUUACUAUGUUAAACCCCCCCACCACCACUUUAACCAAAACCCACAAUUUCUCAUUAAAAUCUUCAUCUUGAAAUUUCAGAAAAAUUAUAUUUAACAAAGUAAAAAUGGCACCUUGUUCUCAGGAAUUCCAAGAAGAACCCCCAUUUUCCCUCUUGGACGCCCUCUACUGCGAGGAAGAGAAAUGGGAAGACGAAGUCUUUUCCGACGCCAGCUUCGAAGAUGAAGAAUUUAGAAGAAUCAACAAUGGUGGCGGUGUUGAUUAUCUGCUCCCACUUCUUUUACUGGAACAAGAUUUAUUCUGGGAAGAUGAGGAGCUUCGAGUUUUGUUCGCGAAAGAAAAAGAUGAGAGUUUUGGGAAUGAGGGUGGUUUAGACGUGAUAUCUAGUUUGUCAUUUUCAAGAAGUGAAGCCGUGGAGUGGAUUUUAAAGGUCAAUUCCUAUUAUGGGUUUUGUACCUUAACCUCUGUUCUUGCUGUUAAUUAUCUUGAUCGAUUUAUCUCUAGCUUUUGUUUUCAAAAGGAUAAGCCUUGGAUGUUUCAGCUUUCUGCUGUUACUUGUCUCUCUCUUGCUGCCAAAGUUGAAGAAACUUACGUCCCUCUUCUCUUAGAUCUUCAAGUGGAAGGAGGGAAAUACAUGUUUGAUGCAAAGACGAUUCAAAAAAUGGAGUUGUUGGUGUUGUCAACAUUGGAAUGGAAGAUGAACCCAGUGACCCCACUUUCGUUUCUUGAUCAAAUAAUCAGACGGCUAGGAUUAAAGAAUCACCUUCAUUGGGAGUUUCUCCGGAGGUGUGAAGCACUUGUUCUCUCUCUCCUCCCUGAUUGGAGAUUUGCAAGCUUUGUACCAUCAGUAUUGGCAACUGCCACAAUGAUGCAUGUGAUUGACCAGAUUGAGCCAAGUAACCCUCUUGAUUACCAAAAUCAGCUUCUGGGGGUGCUUAAUAUCAGCAAGGACAAUGUGAAUGAUUGUUAUGAACUGAUCGUGGAGAAAUCAUCAAGCAACAGCAAGACUGAAGACAAUCUCAAGUCAAAGAGGAGUUUUGACGAAAUGAUGACGACGAAUACUUUUCCGCCACCCCCUCCGUCUCCCGGACCACCCUCUGUUCCUACUACUACUACAAGCAGCAGUGAUGUUAUUCCAAGUAGCCCAAGUGGAGUAAUGGAUGCAUACUAUCUCAGCUGUGACAGUUCCAAUGAUUCAUGGGCUGCUACUACUCAUAUGAUGAUGGGAUCAUCAACUUCGUCAUUGUCAUUGUCGUUGUCAUUGUCAUCAUCAUCAUUGUCGUUGUCAUUGUCAUCAUCAUCAUUGUCGUCUUCAGUAUCUUCCUCUCCAUUGAUCACCAAGAAGAAGAGUAGAGUGCAUGAACAGCCAAUGCCAUUGCAGUUGCCUUCUCUUUCUCGAGUCUUUGUCGAGGUCGUUGCCAGUCCUCGUUAAAACCCACCUACCUAGCUACCUCUUUUGCCGGUCUAUUUUCCACUUCUCCUUCUCUUGAUGACUUAUAAUACUUGCAACCAAAAAAUAUGGGGACAUAUUUAUAUCAUAUAAUAGUAAACUCUUAUAUUAUUAUAUGGUUAUAAAUUCAUUCCCGCCCUGCACUUUUCAAUUUUCAUGUAUGUCCUCUUAUCUCUCAUGUAUGUAUGCAGUAUCUAUAUAUCAUGUAUGUAUGUUCAUGCAUGCAUAUAUGCAUGAUGAUCAACUGUUGUGAUGAAUGGAGAAGAAGAAAUAAAAUGCAUGAUGAGGUGAAUGAA